UUCGAUAUGCAUCCCACUUUCAUCCUCACUCGCGCAUUCGCCAUCUCUUCCCUCUUCGUUGGUGCGGCUCCCCUCGCGCAAGCAGCCCCCAUCUAUGCUACCACUACUUGCGUGUCUGGUACAUCCCGCCCGUCGUGCUCACUCUCUUCGAUCUGGAGUUUCUUCGCAGCACUGAUCCCAACGGUCUCGUCUCCUGGGCCGGUCGACAUUUUCAACAAUGCCUACCCCGAGGAGUCAUUCCACUUCGCGACUCACAGCUCUGAACCGCCUGCGGCGGGUCGAGAGACGGUCGCGGUCGUAGUUGUAGUAGAGGAGACGUGCGCUGACGGUUCCUGCGGGGGUAGCCUCUACAAGCGAGAUGAUGUAGAAGUCGCCUCUCGCGAAUCUAAGACAGUCGAAGAGCGUGCCGACGACGACGACAUCAUCACACACGAGCCCGCAGAACUCGUUGACCGCGACGCCAACAUCAUCAUACGCGAGCCUGCAGAACUUGUUGAUCGCGACGCCAACAUUAUCAUACGCGAGCCUGAGCCUCUGUGCAAUAACAUCGCCUUCUGCAAGCGUGAGUCUGAGUCCAAGUGACCAGCCUCAAGCCGCUUCCCACAAGUCUCGACCUGGUGAUCCUUAAUCCUGUUAUUACUUCGUUCACACUGCUGAUUCGUUGUCCGCCCUUGUUGGCGUAAUCUCCUUUUCACUUCAAGUACCACCCCUCUGCGAACCCUCUGGCCUCCUACAUCCCAGUUAAAAACUGCCAUGUGGCGCCUCACGCUCUUUGCCUUGCUCAUUGUAUGCACUGUUAUUGUUCUGUAGCUGUUGUGUGUAUUUCAUUGUACUUGCUGUUUCUCUGGUUGAAGGCUGUGUCCAGCUGACUGGUCGCGCCUCAUAGACAUCUUCUGGGACCCUUGUGUUAAUAGGUUCGACCUUCGUGUAUCAAUAGUUCCUGUUAUGCUAGGUAAUCUGGCUGUAUAUAGAUCCCU